GUGUAAUGCUGGGAGAGGCAGAGGCGAGGGAAAUCUCAAAGUAGAGUGCAAAGUCUAAAAGCCAGAACUGAGGAUUGUAGUUUACUUUCUUUGCCUGAAACUGUUUCGCGCUGUCUAUAUCAACCGUGCCUUGGACUUGUGCGGUCUUCGGACUUACGAGCAGCACUCCCCGCUUCAUUCCUCCACUGCUCCUUGAUCAGAACCACCCAGCCGACCCGGGUCAGCACUGCUCCAGUCCAGGGCCUGAGCCCGUUACAGAAAUCACCUCUGUCCGAGUUGCUCACCAUGGCAGGGGCCGGUGGUGGGAACAGUGAUGUGCAGUGGUGCUUUUCCCAAGUCAAAGGAGCGAUAGAUGAUGAUGUCGCAGAAGCUGACAUAAUAUCUACGGUUGAAUUCAACCACUCUGGGGAGCUGCUAGCCACUGGGGACAAGGGGGGUCGUGUUGUCAUCUUUCAGCAGGAGCCAGAGAGUAAGAAUCAGCCACAGUGCCGAGGAGAGUACAAUGUUUACAGCACCUUCCAGAGCCACGAGCCUGAGUUUGACUACCUGAAAAGCCUUGAGAUCGAGGAGAAGAUCAACAAGAUUCGAUGGUUGCCUCAGAAAAAUGCAGCGCAGUUCCUUUUGUCCACAAACGACAAAACCAUAAAGCUGUGGAAAAUUAGUGAGCGAGACAAGAGACCAGAGGGCUACAAUUUGAAGGAAGAAGAUGGCCGAUUUAGAGAUCCCAAUACUGUCACAACACUACGGGUACCAGUGUUCAGGCCCAUGGACUUGAUGGUGGAGGCAAGCCCCAGACGAGUGUUUGCAAAUGCUCACACCUACCACAUCAACUCCAUCUCAGUCAACAGUGAUUGUGAGACCUACUUAUCUGCAGAUGACCUACGCAUUAACCUCUGGCAUCUGGAGAUCACUGAUCGCAGCUUUAAUAUUGUUGACAUUAAGCCAGCCAAUAUGGAGGAGUUGACGGAGGUGAUCACAGCAGCGGAGUUUCACCCCAACCAAUGCAACACUUUUGUCUACAGCAGCAGCAAGGGCACCAUCCGCAUGUGCGACAUGAGGGCAUCGGCGCUGUGCGACAAACAUGCCAAACUGUUUGAGGAGCCAGAGGAUCCAAACAAUCGUUCAUUCUUUUCUGAAAUCAUCUCAUCCAUCUCUGAUGUAAAGUUCAGUCACAGUGGACGCUACAUGAUGACCCGCGACUACCUGUCCGUCAAAAUCUGGGAUCUCAACAUGGAGACCCGACCAGUAGAGACAUAUCAGGUGCAUGAAUAUCUCAGGAGUAAGUUGUGUUCACUUUAUGAGAACGAUUGCAUCUUCGACAAGUUUGAGUGCUGUUGGAAUGGGAACGACAGCGUUGUGAUGACGGGUUCCUACAACAACUUCUUCAGGAUGUUUGACAGAGGCUACCGGCAGGACGUAACCCUAGAGGCGUCGCGGGAGAACAGCAAGCCACGAUCGGUCCUGAAACCUCGCAAAGUAAGCACAGGUGGGAAGCGCAAAAAGGAUGAGAUCAGUGUAGACAGUCUUGACUUUAACAAGAAGAUCCUCCACACUGCCUGGCAUCCUCUGGACAACAUCAUUGCUGUGGCCACCACCAACAAUCUGUACAUAUUCCAGGAAAAACUCAACUAGCAUUUGUUGAACCGCUCAGAUCCCAGUUUCCACUUGAGCCCCCUCUGCUCUGAUGCACACAUAACAAACAAUAUCUGUCUGUCUUUUGGCUAAAUCCCCAAGUCUCGAUAUGAUCUGCCCUUGGUGAUUUAAGUAUUGAAUGUGACAAGACUGUCGACAACAAACAGCGGCAUUAAUGCAGUACAUCCAAGCAGGUCAUCACAAGCACAUUUUCCUUGUGUAUUAUAAAUAUAAACAUUCAGGGUUUGUAGAUCUGAGACCAGACUUUGGGACUUAGUGUCACAUGUUUCCUCCAUGAGAAUCACUCCAUUCACCAAGUUACUUUUUGCAACUCCACUACAUCCCAAACCAAAGGGAAAAUGUGUUAAACACACUUAUUUGGCUAAUUUGUUUCCUUCAUUCUUUUGUGCCAUUGUGACAUGAUUCAUUUGUAUGUGAAAGCUUGUUGAGUUUUUGUAGCCACCAUCUUUUAUCAGUUUGAAUAGGAAAUCCUUUCUACUCUUUAUACGUCUGUCACCAUGUUCCUGUUCAUACUGGCCUGAAACACUGAUAAUACAAGCUGUCAACACUCCAUGUUUGCCCCAAGUAUUUGUGAAGUUGCCAAGUUCACUCAUCGUUUCUUUCAUAAUAUAGAGUAUGGAUAUGUUGUUAAAGGACUAUUCUAGUGUUUUGUCAUGUUUUAGCUCAUUCUCUACAAAUAAUGUAUAACUUACAUUACUGCUAACCAUUAUCCACAGUGUACCAAUAUUUGUUACAUCAAAUUUCUUACUUCAAAACAGCCACUGGUUUACAUUCAUUUCUCUACAGUAAGAAAGUCAACAUAUGUGCAAUGGACAUUUAUUCCAUCACAGUGAGCUUCUGGUCAUCUGUGAUUAAGUCAGAGUGAUUGUUCUGUGGUAAUACAAUUGCGAGCCAGAAAACUGUGACAAGUCGCCUAAAAUCAGCCUUUUUAAUGCAGGAAAUAAUAGAAUUCAUGUUCGGAUUAAAGUUUCUGACACAAUAGCUUGUAAAUUCAGUGGCUUUUGAAUAAUGCUAGAGUGUCCUGAGUGUUUCAGGCUUUCAGAACAAUCCUUGGUCUCAGCUUCAGAACCAAAAUCUGACAGUGUUUACUGAGAUGGAUUACUUAUCUCAAGCCUAACCCUGUGAGUUGAUUUUCAUAGUGUACUGAAAUGGCUGCAUUUGGGAAAAUUGUCAGCAGUAAUGUAUAUGUAAUUUCUAGUUACAGGACUAUAACAAAAAAAAAAAAAAAAAAAAAAAAAAAAUCUUGUGUAGUCCUUCAACAAACACGAGAAUGGCGUACGCACACAGUUGUCAGGUAUUGUGGUUUUGGGAGUUGAAUGGGGGCUAAUCAUGCCAAAGUUAACCAGUCCUAUAUACUCUAAAGUUGUCUAAAGCUGUCUUGCAGACAAGGUGUCCCUGAUCAGACCAGUCACCCUUGCACAUGUGUGGACCACCAUAUAAAGCUCAGGACAAAAGCUUAUAUACGUGGAAGGGCGUGAUGGCGUGCUGUGGCCUAAUUCUCUUGUGGUUUGUGGCACUAACAUUGAGUGCCGCCGUCAGCUUCCCCACAAAAGGCGUUGUGUUGUUGUAGAUUGAUUGAUCGAUUGCUUUACCUUCUGGUUCUAGUUUCUGUUUGUAGAUUUCUUUUAUUUUUGUUUGGUUUUUUUUUUUUAUGAUGUUUUCUACCUUACCUGAUAAAAGAAGAAUAAUCACUAUAGCUGAUCUAUUUUUGUAUAAAUUAAGGCAAUAGGAUUACAGUCUGAUCACUGUAGUUUCUUUAGCUGUCUAUCUUGGACUGAUUGUAGAUGGAAGGUCGGUUGAAGGUCAGGUAACCUUUUUGUUAUGUGACUUUGGGUCAUAUUAUUCAUUCUGGCAGGUAUUUGUCUGAAAGCUAGAGACUUUUUGUGGCAUCGAGGGAAGUGUGUCGUUUCUGACGUGGGAUGUCCAAAGAAAAGUAUUUUCAGGUGUCAGUACCUCUGUAGUCAAAAGCACUAUAUCAGUUUAUUUGUUUUAAUUUGGCUGACUGUAUCUGAUGUUUAUGUAGAACUUAUUUGGAGACCUCAGAGUUAGAUUCUGAGUUAAUUUGGCUCUUAAUGUUCUGUUUUUGUUUUUUUUUUGUGCCAUGGUUUUGUUUGUGAUUCAUUUUGCUCGCUGUGAAAGAAUUAGGUCCUUGUAGGCCUAAAUGGGGAAAGACAUUUUUAAGCAACAUGUAAUGUUAAAAACUGUUAAAUCACGUUCUCUCUAAAGCUAGUCAAGUCAGUUGACUAGGCAGAGUUACUGAUUAUGAAUUAUUGUAUGAAAUGUCUUCUCUCUCCUGUGAUGCAGGGGUAGCUCUCCUAUACAGACUUGUUUAUUUAAAAAAAAGGAGAAUUUGUGAAGCACUUAGUUUGCAGACGAUUGUCGUAUGGAAGCCGUCGUUAAUGACUGUACUGAACAUGGGAAAAGGUAACCCUCCUGUCUCUCUCCUACACGAUGCUUCGCUCACUUGCAGCCACCUCUCUUUCAGCAAACUGGCUGAUUAUCGCACAGUUUCCACUUCAUUACAGUUAUGUUCUGGUGACAGAUUAAGCCAUUGAAUCAGGGCAUGAAGCUUAUUGGUCCAUUGAAUCGCAUUUAUGUGUCGCUCCUUCCGUAGAGAACUCAUUUCCAAUCGCUAGGAUGCCACCAAGACAACCACCCAUCUCCAUAUGUGGUGCAAAGCUACUGUUGAGUGUGUGUGUCUCUCUCUCUCUCUCUCUCUCUCUCUCUCUCAGGGCUCUGGGUAAUGUCCUCUAGUAAUAAGACACUUUGCUAAUCUCUGUUUUAAAUUUGCAACUUUUUGGAAAAACAGUUUUUUCUUUAUUGUCUUAUGCAAGAUUGUGAGGGUGGUUCAAGUUAUUUGCCUCGUGUCAUGUGUGUAUAAACCUGUAUAAUGUGGCACCUUUGUCCCAUUCCACGGUCGAGGAUGAGCCAAUCAGUUAGCCACUGAUCAACAGGGAGAGUUGUCCAUUCAAAAUGGGAGAUCAGUGAUCAGCUUUGUCCUGUCCUUCAUUCUCAAAGGAAGUAUUUACUCACUCACUCACUCGUGCACUGUUGAAUAAUUACUGUUCUAGCAACCUGUUGGAAGUUGUGAGAAAUGUUUGAAAAUGCAAAAAUCUAAGUGGCAAGUUUUCUUUUUGGGAAAAAAAAAAGAACAUUGGCUUUUAUAAAAUCCCAUCUCUGCAGACACAGCAGAGGUGUUUAUUGCAGCCUGUAUGAGUGUCACUGACAUUCAUUUAAAAAAAUAAUAAAAAAAUAAACUCACCAAUAAUCUUUUUUCACUUUCCCCUCAUGUCUCCAUAGCUACCGUGCAAAGCUAUGCUGUAAAUCACAAAGACGUUCAGAAGAACCCUUUUGCCUUUCUUAUAGCAUUAAGGAAAAAAAAAAAAAAAGAUAAUCAAGUAUGUUUCUUGAACUUUCUGGCAAGCCA